UCACAGCUCAGUUUUUUUUUUUUGAGACUAAAAGAGGAAACAGGCGUUGCUUCUCUCCAUACAGACAUGGAUGGUGGUCGACUGCGUUGUUUAAUCACCUUCUUUACAUGUAAUACCCUGCUGCUUCUUGUGAUCUUCCUCCAUGAUGCGGAAGCUACCAAGUGGAAACAACAAAGUGGAAAAGUUGAUGAAACUGUGGUGCUUUCCUCAGAUUUACCCCCUGAAGGGGUCAGCUCAGCAUAUUGGAAGUAUGACAAUUUCACCAUUGCAGAUAAGGAUGAUUUGGUUUCUGAACAGCAUCCAUUCUUGGGCAGAGUCGACCUAAACCCUACAGACUACAGUCUAACAAUAACAAAACUGACUGUUCACGACUCUGGUAACUUCACUUUUGUCUCACUGGUGAAUGACGAACAAAGAGAAAGUGUCUGCAUCACUCUGCAGGUUCAAGAGGUCCUAUCGAAGCAGCCUGAGCUGAGUACCAUCUACCUAGACUGGCAUGCAGUGAAUGAGUCCUGUACAGUUGGGCUCCAGUGCAGUUCACCCUCUCACAGAUCCGUCUCCUACAACUGGACUGUGAAGAACCAAACCCAGAGUGGACCCACGUUCCAUUUUGUCUUAAGGCCACAGGAUGAAGGCACCACAGUCACUUGCACCAUUUCCGACUCUUUGAGUGAAAAAUCAGCGUCUAAAACCCUAAAGUGUGGUCCAUCUGUUAAACCAGAACCAAAAUCACCAACCUUCAUCAUCAUCCUGGGAGUGGCAGGAGGCAGCUGUCUGAUCAUUGUCAUUAUCACUGGUAUUAUUGCUGUGGUUUGUCACCGCAAGCACAAAAGAGCUGUAAUGGGCACUGAAUCAGUGUAUGCAGAUAUCAGUGAUGUUAAUGUGAAUGGGACUUCAUCGACCAUGACGCCGUGCUCAGUGUAUGAAACCAUCGAUAACAGGGUCAGCAGAGACCACAAAGAUAUGCCUGCGCCCCAAACAGUGUACGACAAGAUCCAGCUGAACCGUGUGACACCUGGAGUUUCCUAGAGGUUCGGAUCAUCGUGUAUGGAACAAACAUAAUGAAACAUAAGGACGAACAAAACACACUUUCGGCCAAAAGUAGAGACUAAACUUGCUGUUGCAUUUAUACAUACUCUGUUUUAGCCAAGAACUAAAAUGACCUUCACACAUUGAUGCUACAACCCCUGUAAGCUGCAGUUUGUCAGUGUUGUACAUUCUGUAAAUAUAAACGUAAUAUUUUUAAACUCUGUUAUGUGUUUUGUUUUGUUUUUUGUUUUUUGUUUUUUUUUUUUGUUUUUUAUCAAAUGCAAGUAUAUAAUCUGUACAAUUUGUAAAACCUGAGUUGCCAGUGUUUACAUGUGUACAUAUGCUACAGAGGUCAGUAUAUUAAAUUACAUUUACUUUCAUUACUGUGAAGGUGUAUC